UAGUAGUAAGUACUACCGGUAUUCCCCUUCUGGCUGGCUUCGUAUCGCUCUUCUUACUCUUCCAUUCCGAGCCCACAUCCGAGUUUGUCUGCUCUCAACCUGCGUUUUCAGUUACCACACCAGUCAGUCAGUCGGCUAGCUGGAGUUGAACAAAGUUUUUGUGUGCCUGAAGAACGGAGGAUCGUUUUUUUUUUGAGCGGCCCGGACAUUUUUCAAGUCAACUUACCAAGUGACCUUUUGAGUGUGCCAGAAGAAAUCCUCCUCUCCUCUCCGCAACCUGAAACCAAGAUCAACAAUCAUGUCUGCCUUGAAAGACCUUCCCAAUCUCCAAGGCAACAUCAAAGAUGAGAUCAUGAGCCCUCACAAACUCAAAGAGACUCUGAUCACUGAGAAGAAUGUGCUUCCCACUGCCGAGGACGUCCAACAAGAGAAGACUCAUCAAGGUCUGAUUCAGGGCGUUGAAGGUUUCAAUGUGGACCAACUGAACCAUGUGAAAACCCGACAACCUGCCACCGGGGGUGAAACCCUGAAGAAUGAAAUCGCAUACAAGAAGUCGUGUGAAGCCGUGAGUAGCUUUCCCAAGGACAAUCUCAAGCACGUGGAGACUGUGGAGAAGAACCCUUUGCCUGAUAAAGAUGCUAUUGCCCAAGAGGCUGAACAUAUGCAGUUCAAGCAGGGCAUUGAAAAGUUCGACAAGGACAAACUGUCCAAUGUUGAGACCGUGGAGAAGAAUACCCUUCCAUCAAAGGAGGUGAUUGACCAAGAGAAAUCCGCUUAAGCCAUCCAUGGAAGGCCAUUGCCACACCAACCAACUAACUGUAUUGCAUUUCCCUUGCUUGCAAGAUGAAACUUUGUAAAAAUGAAUGAAAAAGUAAACAUAUUUAUGUUUUUGAGGAAAAUAUUGCUGGAUAAAAUUGAAAGACAAAAAAACUACAUGCCCCGUUUGUGAGCUCUUGUCAUUUAUUACUUAAUUAUUGCUGCCUUGAUGAAAUAAAUUCAUUUCUAUGAUA